UGCAGGCAUAUCAAUGUGCUUUGCUGCUCCCCAGCAGUCUAGAUUCAACCUCUCCUACAAUUUACUUUUUUCUUACCUGGGAGAUGAAGGUCAUGGCAAUGGCAGGACCAGGUGAAACCCUAUGGGCUUUGUCCUGUUGUACUGCUGGUUUGCCCUUCCUGCUGCUCUCCCUCAUCCCAUGUUCAGCGUUGACGUGUACUAGCCAUGAAUAUUCCUUACGUGGCAUUAAAUGCUGCAAGAUGUGCGGUCCUGGGGAGGAAAUACAAUACCGCUGCACAGAGAAAACAGAAACAGUGUGUAAACCCUGCCAGGAUGGGUACUAUAAGACUGAGUACAGCGAGGGAGACUGCAAGACCUGCAAAAUCUGUAACCUCAAAAAGGGCACCACAGAAGUGAAGAAGUGCGACAAGACCUCCGAUAGAGUGUGCAUGUGCACCAAAGGCUUCGAGCCCAGCAGGUUCAUGGCAGAUGGCACAGCUCCAUCGGCAUGCUCAGCUUGUUCUGCUGGGUCUUUUUCCAAAGGAGAAAAUAGCAAAUGUCACCCCUGGACCAACUGCACAGCGUCUGGUAGGACGAUUCUGCGGGGGGGGUCAGAUAAAGAGGAUAUCAUCUGCGGUGACCAGAAGAAAGAGGCGACCACAAUUCAGAGCCCAGCGUCCACUUCGCGUAUCUCCGUCACCACCCACAAAAAUAGCACGUUGUUAACAGCACUCACGACUCCCAGACCCAAAAACACACUUUCCAUUCCUCCCAUUGAUUCGGGAGAACAACCAACUGGGAUCACAGAGCCAACCAACUGGGGGCCUUUAUCGCUCAUCCUUAUUUGCUUGACGUUGCUCAUGGUAUCAGGAAUGUCGAUUCUCCUACUGAUUAUUCAGGCAACUGGAAAGGGGAGGAAGAAGCAGCUGCAGCCUGCUGAGAACGAUCAGCGGAAAGGAAGGAGCUGUCGCAUUCCUAUCCAGGAGGAACAAAUUGACUCCAAUUCCAGCCUGAUCAAAAACUGAGUCCCCAUCAAACUAUCACGUACUGCAUUUCUGAGCCAAGCAACAUUAACCCAGCAGCGUGACAGAUACUCCCUGUGCGAAGGAAUAUUCUGCAGAGACAUGUAUAUACCAGUGUGCUUGAGUGUGUGAGAUGGUUAAAAAACGAGCUGUACCUCUGAGUGUACUCGAGUGACCCUCAAGCGUCAGGCCAUGCACGUUUAGUUUGGAAGCACGUGAUUCUUCAUCAAUCAGACCAGGCCUGCGCCUAUAGCACCGGGUGCAUCAGCCCAGUUCACCUAGCAGGUCUAGCUGCAUUUGGACAGUGGCACCCCUUUGGGGGUCUGUAAACAGCCAGUAUUCAUUAAUUAAAAGUAUUAUUUACUUAGGAAUAUAGGAGCAGGGUCUUAGAGAGGAAGAAUUUCAAAACCAAAACCUGUCUACGUGCAUGCCUACCUUACCUGGAGUCCUACCAUGCUAUGCUGGGGACCUACUCAGGCCUGGUUUUUCUGGCUGCUCCCACCAGGCUCAUGCACCCGACUCAUGUGCCAGUCUGGUUGUCCUGUUGACUCUUCCCUCUGUUAAGGAGUGUCCCCCUUAAAUCCUGCUCGAUUUAUUGUUCUCAGGUCUUUGCCUCAGCCCAAACCAGUCUUGUAGGUUGGCUGGGGAUACAGAAUCGGUAAAGCUAUUAGUUCUGGCAUCUAACAGCUUAUAGCACGUAACAACUCUAAGUGUUGGCUGAGAGGCUGUUGUUAUCUGACACCUUCUCCCACUCUUGCAUCCUGACAAAUGCUUCUCGUGUACAUUGCAGUGACCGAGCCAACAGGUAAUUUAUGAAUAAGUUAUUAAUCCUACUAUAGGUCAGCUCCAGAUCUCUUUGUGUGUGUGUAUGUGUGUGUAUGUAUGGUGGAAGGAGUCUUUAUACUGACUUCUAUAAGGGAAAGCAAAUUCAGAUACUUAGGAACAUUACUAAUGGAGACUACAGCUUAGGAGACAACUUGUGAGUACCAUCUGCCUUGACAGCGGGCCUUAGUGGUUGGCGUUUGUACCGCUGCAUCAUCUGUAAGCCCUGCACACCCAAGACGCACCUUUUUGUGCUUCCUGUUUAUGUUCCUAGGCAGCACGGUGAGCAUCCUGUUAGGAUGGGCGCCUGCAGUGUGCAUCUCCUCAGCCAGGAUGUGACCACAUCAACCAAAACUGGACGUAGGCUGUGGUGUUUUGGGGCAGGCAGCCUUCUUAAGAAGGGAGCCCUGGAAAAGGGCACAAAAGUGGGGUGAAAUCUAAUGGGAGAAGAGGAUGAAGGAUGGAGUAGACAGAGUGCAAAGCAAGUGCAGAAAGACUUUAAAAAAAAACAAAACAAAAAAGGAAGGGAAUGAGGAGAUGAGAAAAUUUCCACUGGAAGCACAAAGAAUGACCGCUGAGCUGGGUCCUCAUUGAUUGCCUUCUUGACUUAAACACCAAGGCUGCAGUUGAGUGUAGAUGCAAGGCCCUGCAGACCAGCAAGCCUAGGUGUGGAGGGCUCACCUGCCCCUAAGUUCCCUACACUGAAUCUCUGUCUCGAAAGGAGGAAAUAAGCUUCCUAACCUCCAGCGAGCGCUGUAAAUCUCACAGGUGCCUUGAGGUUUACAAAACUGUGAAGCCUGCAAGGGUCUCCUGACACCUCGCCCUGCCUGUAGCUCUGUAGGUGGGCAAGGACGUUCAGUAGCACUUGUGCUUUCAAACACUUCUCCUCCAAGGGACCUCAGCAAACACUGCUCUGCAGGAGGAUGCCUUUCUGCUCUCGUUCUCGUUCUUGGGAAUGCAACUCCGUUGUGUAUCUGUGAAUAAUUAAAAUAGCGCGGUGUGUUUUUUGUUUCUUUUGGGGGCAUUGGCGGGUUUGAUAGCACAGCAGUGAUGUUUCAGGGCCCUCUGGGUGUGGCGCGCACAGUUCAGACUCAGGCUGUCAAUCUUCAUUUGAACCUUCACUUUCAGAGGAUGGUACCAGGGAAGCCCACACUCGGAAAAACUGAAUGAGCUCUGUCAGCCUGAUCCUGCUUCCACCUGAAAUCCAAUGAGAGUUUUGCCUCCGGAGAAGCAGAUUGCCCAGAAAAAUGCUACAUCGGUUUCUAAGGGUAUUUAUAGCAGCAAAGUUGCAUGUCUGCCGUAGCCCAUUUAUUUUCUAGGACCUAAAUGAGUUUUAAAAUCAAUGAGUAUUUCCCAGUUAAAAUCAAGAGCCAGGAAGCCCUGAGUUUUAAUGGUGACUGAGAAACUGGUUUUGGGCGAGUCGGUCUCCUAGGAUCUGUCUACCUCCUAGAACAGGGGCGGGCAAUUAUUUUGGGCAGAGGGCUGCUUACUGAGUUUCGGCAAGCCAUCGAGGGCCACGUGACAGGCAGCUAGGGCAGAUAAAUAUUAAUUUUCUAAAUUUUUUAGGGGCCCCAUGGGCUGGAUAGAAUGGCUUGGUGGGCCGCAUCUGGCCCCUGGGCUGCAUUUUGCCCACCCCUGUCCUAGAGUGUUUGGGGGGGAAGGAGAGUGGGGUUUGCGUUAGAAAUGCUAGUUACUUGGAAAGUCUUUCUGAGCAGUUUUUCAAACUGAAGUUUUGUGAUUGGUACCCAGCCAUGAUCAAAAGACAGGAAAAGCCAUCUCAUGGCCAGUAUGGGUAUGCUAAUUAUGCCUGACAUAAUUUGGCUUUUUUAAUCCAUCUAGAUAUAUCUGGAUUCACCUGGAUAUAUAUAAUUUAUCUCCAAAUCUUGACCUUGCCACCAUAUGCCAACGUGACUGCCAUGAGUCAGGCCUAAAGUUAAACGUGGAUGUAAAUAGUUGCAGGAUAAGGCCCUUAAUGCAUAUUUGUUUAACGUACACUUAGGUGUAUUUGCAUGUAUCUUAUGCAUAUCGUAUAUGUUAUGUGCCUAACACAUAUUCACAAGCAUACUUAUGAAACGCAACAUGCACGUGAGUAUGGAAAUUUGUAAAAUGCCGCCCUUUUUUGCAAUAUAUUUUAUUGUAAAUAGCUUUUGUUUUGUUUUCAUGUGCCUCGAAAUUGAAAAAAAAAAGAUGCUAUUGCAUAACUCAAAUAUUUUUCAUGUUCAAGUUUAGUGUUUUAUAUGUAGGUAAAAAGAAGAAUCUAUAUUUGUAUACACAAUAACCAAUGCAUCUGCCAAGAUGGGCAAAAGGAAACGGUCUCAGAGAGCCCAACAGGUGCCUGGAAACAUAUUUUUACAAAAUAUGCUUUGUUAUAUGUUAUACAUAUAUGUGGAAUGAACACUUAUUUCCUGAAGUGAAAUGCAAACAUGUUGUAUACAAACUUCUGUAUUAUAUUCAAUGUAUCAUAUAUAGUGAUGCUUUUCCAAAUAAAUUUUUUUCUUAACA